AUGGCGUCUAUCUAUUCUCGGUCUUCCAAAAGACCUGAAGGCCUCACGACACGAUCCGGCACCAGAACCAACGUCGCGACUCCCCCACGCAAAGGUAACCACAACACCGCGCACAGCAGACACCCACAAUCCAACAUCGGCCGCAAGAAAAGGCCCCGCGACUCCAUCGAAGAUGGAGAACAUGCCCUGAAGCCGAAGAGGGCCAGAUUCGCGGUGGAGAUCUCGGUGCCUUCGAACCUCCAGCUGCAGCCCCAGCAGCCAGAGACCAGAUCUCUCGUCAUCAGCUCGAACGCGAGUUCGGGGGCCGCUCCUCCUGCUCCGCAGCGGUGCGCAUCACCCAAACACGUCGAGACCGCGACACAAACCACAGCACUUCCACUAUCACCUCCACGAAAGCCCGCGGAUCACCACCAGAAGGUCGCCAAUGGCAUUAAACAUGAGCUCGAUCGGUUGCAACCAAAUGCGGCGGAUCUCAAGGCCGAGAAGCGGAAGUUACGGUCCCAGGAAGGUGCAAGGUUCAAGAGCGAACUGUCUGCAUACUUCCCCGAAUAUGAUGAGGUAAUUGGGAACGAACCCAAGGAGGCCCACAUCUUGAAUCUCGAUACCCCCAUAAUCAUUGUUGAUAGUGCCAAGACAUCGACAAAACCCCCCCCUCCGCCCCAAGAAAUAUCACAUGUCAAGUCGAAUGAUUACCCCCUCAAAGACUUCUCCAACUCACUCUUCACCGACCUACACGACGCGCAGAGAGUGGAUUUCUCACUCCUCGUGAAGAAUUACAAAGACGAGGGUGGUGAAGACCCUCUCUCAGACGAGCAUUUCGAACUCAUACACCGAAAGCCAGAGCGGCAGGAGAAAGCUAUACGUAAUUCGGACAAAGGACGCGCAAAGCAUGAAAAAGUCCAAGUCACACGGUUGCUGGAGGGUCUACAGGGCCAUGAUUGGCUUAAGCUCAUGGGCGUGAGUGGUAUAACGGAUAGCAAGAAGAAGGAAUAUGAGCCCGCUCGGGAGCACUUUAUCAGGGGCUGCGAGGGGAUUCUAGAUAAAUUCCGCACCUGGAGGGAAGAAGAAAAGCGCCGAAAACUGGAAAGGGAGUUGGCUCUGGCUGAGGCGGAGGAAGAGGAAGAAAGGGGGGAAGUGGAGGAGGAAGAAGAGGAGCAAGUGAUGGUGGAUGAAGACGCCCAAAGCGACGGUGAUCCUCCGGACUAUAGUGAUGUGGAUGCUUCUGCGGCCAGGCAGUUGCAUGAAGAAGCUAUAGCCUGUUCAGGCCCUCCCCGACAUACCGAAAGAAAACCAAAAGCGGAUACGGUAGCUCCUGUAGCCAACGAGCCAGAGAAAGAGUUCAAGUCCUUCUUCGCAAAACCCCACCUUCGAGCCUCCGCACUUGGAAAGCACCGGAGGAGUGGAAGGAUCGUGUCAGCCUGGGGCCAUCCCGUCCCUGAGGUCCCAGAGCAGGAUUUCGAUUUACCUGAGGAAUACAGGGACCAGGAGACUCUAAAGACACAUGCUCGGAGGAAGCGGAGGGAUAGGAGGGUUAGUAAACCGUGA